AUUCACAAAUCUUAGAGAAUAUAACACCAGCCCCUCAGCACCAGAGACGCUUCACCUUGUGGGUGAUAAUCGGUGUUUUAUUUGGUAGCCUGUUGCUCGUGGCUGUAAUCCCCAUGGCUGUGUGUACUAUGCGCAGAAAGUACACUGAACUCAGGUCUGAGCACGAAGUAGAGCUUUUGCCGAUGAACACUGGAAUCUCCUACCGACGUGAACAAGAGCCGGAGGUUACACCCCAGCAGGCUGACAGCAUGGUCCAGUUGUUGGAGGGGAUCAGUGGAGGGCUGUUGGACAACCUGAAGGAAGUCCUGGUUGAGAGAAACCAGCUCACACUGGGCAAGGAACUCGGCAAAGGAGAGUUUGGCUCAGUCUACGAAGGAAUCUUUUCAUCACAGGAAGGCACGGAUAUCAAGGUUGCUGUGAAGACCAUGAGAGUUGGAAUCCACAGCCAGCAGGACUUACAUGAGUUUUUGAGUGAGGCAGAUAUCAUGAAGAACUUUCAUCAUGAUAAUGUGGUCAGACUGCUUGGGGUCACCUUACAAAGAGAGCAGGAUUCUCCUCUGCCUAUUCCUCUGGUCAUCUUGCCAUACAUGAAACAUGGAGACUUGCGCCGCUUCCUCAUUGCUACACGCUAUGGUGAUAUUCCUAUGUUUGUACCCCAUCAGAGUCUCCUGCGCUUCAUGAUCGACAUCGCGGCAGGCAUGGACUACCUGAGCUCACAGGGCUUUCUGCACAGAGACUUGGCUGCACGCAACUGCAUGCUGGGUGAUGACCUGAGGGUGUGUGUGGCUGACUUUGGCCUUUCAAAGAAAAUCUACAGCAACAAUUAUUAUCGUCAGAGAGUAGCAAUCCGUGUGCCCAUCAAGUGGAUGUCCAUGGAGAGUCUGUCUGAGUCCAUCUACACCACCAAGAGUGAUGUGUGGUCAUUUGGGGUGACAAUGUGGGAGAUUGUGUCCCGGGGAAAGACUCCCUAUCCUGGAAUCCACAACCAUGAGCUGCUUGACAUGCUGCUGUCAGGUCACAGACUCAAAGCACCAAAUGACUGCGACCAGAAACUUUAUGAAGUCAUGCGGAGCUGCUGGGAUGAGGAGCCGACCCGGAGGCCUGGCUUCAGGGAACUGGGCGAGGCAUUGAAAGCUCUUCUGUCUGAGCUGCCGGUCCUGGAGGCCAGCCAGGAGGCCAGCUACAUCAACCAGGGCCUGGAGGUAGCUGCCGCCACUGCUGCUGCUGCUACUUCUCAAGACCCACAGAUAGACUUUGGGGGAAGAGAGGGAAAUGUCUACUUGCCCACUCCUGUUGGAGCUGCUGCAGCCAGAGAGGAAGAUAUAGAAGAAGAGGAUGGCUACCUUAAGUGUGCUCCUGGCUCAGCAGUUAAAGUGGAUUAAAGUGGACUUAUGAAAUGCGUUUGUGAUAGAAUGAUAGAGAUGUAUGUAUGUGUGUAAACUGCUCAGGGACAUUUUAAGGCUGGGAGGGGCACCCAGGAGGGUAGAGGCCAGUCAUAAAUCUGAUUGCCCACCAUAGAUGCCCCUCUUAUUAAAUCUGCAAGUUGACGAAGAUGAAAAACUGUCAGGAACUAAAACCUUUUGCACUUUUUAAAAGAAUGUUUGUAUAUCUGUUACUAUAAAAUAUAUAUUUUUAGAUUAGGUACAGAAGUGUAUGGAAGAUCAUUACUGUCAGGAAAAUGACGAACAUAUGAAAUAUUAGGAAUGAUUCAAAAGAGUACACUAAUAUUACAUUUUAGACACAAAGA